AUGGACCUCACAGCAGCUCGUGCAAUACACAAGGCGAGGCGAGGCGAAGUCAUCAAGACAAGACAGGACGAGUCUUCCGAAUAUAGCGAGCCCAAUCGGAUGAGACAACGAUCUGAUAUGAGACCAAACCACAUGGUAAAGCGGUCCAAAGGACAAGCAAUCUCUAGAAGGACAACAAAGCAGCGCACGGAGAACAACCAGACCUGA